AUGGUGGGCUCCACGGCGAAGGAGGGCGCCGACGACGCAUUGAUGUUAUCAACGGUUGCUGAGGCUAUAAUGCAAGCUCGAAGUACUGUGAACAACUUAACAGACCCAAAACCCACGACUCCUCCGACGGCGCCUCUGCCACUCGCGCCUCCGCCGCGGGCGGACCUGCCGGCGCCGCCGCUGUCAGUCCGGUGGUCACCUGAACCGGAGGGGCGCCUCUCGCCGCCGCAACGGCCCCACCUCCGGCCGCCGCCGCCGCCGCCGCCGCCGACGACGACGACGACGUGUUCCUCCGCUGCACCAGAACCGAUGGACGCUGAGGCUGCAGUCACGCCGCCGCCGCCGUCACCUAUGGAGGUCGUCGCCCCGCCUCCUCAUCCGAGCAUACCCAGUGGCGGUGCGCGGCCUGGGCAGGUUUUCCAUGGGGCGUUUUCUUCGGGGACGCGGGUGGACAGCGCGCCCCAGCAGUUCCGCUGUCUGCCCCCUGCCCCCUCAGUUCCGCCGCCCCUGGCGCAGCUCAAGGAUUUUUUUCUGGAAUGCGAGGAACGUCGGGGGGAGGAAAAGCGAACUCUCCCUGUGGAAAGCACACAACCAGAACUGCCAUCUUACAUGGCAGAAAUGGAAGCCAAUUUUGUGGUGAUGCUGGAGGGCGAAAACAUAAACCACCAAAACGUUCUGGAACAGCCUCCAGCAGAGAAAUCACAGCAGCAACCGUGA